CAGGGCGAUGACCGACGCCAGAGUGGAAGUGGCCGGCCCUGUCCCGGAGCCGGGCGCCGGCGGGGCCCCGCAGAGCAACAACAACCCGCUGGCCAGAAAGCUGAAUAAAAUUCUGGAGACCCGGCUGGACAACGACAAGGAUAUGCUGGAGGCUCUUAAAGCCUUGUCAGUGUUCUUCACUGAAAAUAGUUUGCGUACAAGAAGAAAUCUGCGAGGUGACAUAGAGAGGCGUAGCUUGUCGAUUAAUGAAGAAUUUGUACGCGUGUUCAAAGAAGUCAAAGAGGCCCUUGAGAGUGUUCAUGAAGAUGUCCAAGCAAUGAGUGCUUGCUGUCAGGAUAUGACCAGUCGUUUAAAGCUAGCAAAGGAACAGACAGAAGAUCUAAUUAUCAAAACUACCAAGCUACAAUCUGAAAAUCAGCGAUUAGAAAUCCGAUCUGAGGUGGCAAAUGCUUUCUUGUCCAAGUUUCAAUUAACUGCAGAAGAGCUGAAUACUCUUCGAGGUCCAAGAGAGGGGCCGAUUACAGAGGACUUCUUUAAAGCACUUGGAAAAGUGAAACAGAUUCACAAUGACGUGAAGGUUCUGUUACGAACAAACCAGCAAACUGCAGGUUUGGAAAUUAUGGAACAGAUGGCCCUCCUCCAAGAAACAUCAUAUGAAAAGCUUUACAGAUGGGCACAAGUUGAAUCCAGAACUCUUACUCAGGAAGCCUGUGAUGUUUCUCCCACACUAACUCAAGCGAUGGAGGCUCUGCAGGAUCGACCUGUACUCUACAACUACAUACUUGAUGAAUUUGGAACCGCAAGGAGGAGUGCAGUAGUUCGUGGUUUUAUAGACGCUCUCACCAGAGGUGGACCUGGUGGAACUCCUCGGCCAAUUGAAAUGCACUCUCAUGAUCCUUUAAGGUAUGUUGGAGAUAUGUUGGCAUGGUUACACCAAGCAGCUGCUUCAGAGAAAGAGCAUCUUGAAGCUUUGCUGAAGCUUGUAACUAUGCAAGGCGUGGACGAAAAUAUUCAGCAAGUAGUAGGACAUAUCACUGAAGGAGUAUGCCGACCUUUAAAGGUUCGUAUUGAACAGGUUAUCGUCGCAGAGCCAGGUGCAGUUUUGUUAUAUAAACUUUCCAACCUUCUCAAGUUUUAUCAUCAUACUAUCAGUGGAAUUGUAGGAAAUUGUGCUGCCACUCUGCUGACCACAAUUGAAGAAAUGCAUGUUCUAAGCAAGAAAAUGUUCUUCAAUAGCCUGGGUCUUCAUGCCAGUAAAUUAAUGGAUAAGGUUGAGCUACCACCGCCUGACCUGGGACCUACCACUGCUCUAAAUCACACAUUAUCCCUCCUGCGUGAAGUUCUUUCCUCUCACAAUUCAUCAGUUGUCCCAAUGGAUGCGAGGCAAGCAGAUUUUGUCCAGGUACUAUCCUGUAUAAUGGACCCACUAUUACAGUUGUGCACUGUAUCGGCCAGUAACCUUGACACUGCUGACAUGGCAACCUAUAUGGUAAACUCUCUGCACAUGAUGAAGACGACAUUAGCUCUCUUUGAAUUUACUGAUAAGCGCCUUGAGAUGCUUCAGUUUCAGAUUGAAGCCCACUUAGAUACUUUAAUAAAUGAACAGGCCUCAUUUGUGUUAACCAGGUCAGGACUAAGUUAUAUUUACAACUGUGUGCAGCAACACAAACCAGAGCAGGGUCCGUUAUCCAGUCUUGCCAAUAUGGAUGGUGGAUCAUUGAAAGUGGCAAUGGUUCAAUUUGAUCGAUAUUUGUCUUCUCCGGACAGUCUGUUAAUGCCACAACUGAAUUUCAUUUUGAGUGGAACGCUAAAGGAGAAGAUCUUCAAGCAAUCUACGGAACUUGUGUGUGGUGCUUAUAAAGAUAUCUACACAGCAGUUAUGAACCCUACCAAUGAAUACAAGGAACCAGCAACAAUUUUGCAAAGAUCUCCGCAGCAAGUGGAGACUCUAUUAUCCUAACAAAUUCUAUCCGGGUUUACCUUUGGACACUGUACAUAAUGUAUUUAGCUCUCAUUUUUAAAUUAAAAUUUGGGUUUGUAUUGGGCAGUUUGUUUCUAUGGUGAUUUCUAAGUUUGCAUUUUUUUUGAUUUGAUUUACGCCAGAGAGCCAUCUUAACAUUUCUGAGUGGGAUAUACUCUUAAUCUGAUCUUCAAACAUGAUUUCCAGUGAUUAGUGGGAAAGACUGCUCUGAUUACUUUGAAGUUGGCACACUUUAUAUUUUAAAGUAACUUAUAUUAAUUUUGUAGAUGGAAACUCCCAAGGCUUAAAUUGGUUAAUGUUGUUCAUACUAAACCAAUAAGCAUAGCAUGCAUUGCUAUCAUUUUCAGUUUGUGAUUAGGAAUUGAUUAUGUGAUUAUAAUCGAUGUCUAAUUGAAAGGCAGGGUGAUAUCUUGAGUAAAAAAAUGGGAAAGCUAUUUGCAAGCCAUUUAAGUUUAUAAUGAAUUGGGUAAACCAAAGGAGAUAAAAAAAAGUUAAUAAAAAGCCACCUUUUAGUGCUAAUUUGGUUGUAUUUGUAUGCAGUACAAAUUCCCCAUUUAAAUGAUGCAAUUGGGGGAAAAAAACACUGUACAAAUCCUCCCCGAGUUAUACUAUAACUCGAGGAGGAGUAUGUUUCCAUUUCCGAGAACUUUUCAUAACCCAAACAGUUCACCUGUUGGAAAUGUGGCCAUGAAUUGAAUUACCACACAGCAGAAGAUGCUUGCAAUACCAGAGCAACUCGCAGAUUCAUCCCACUAGUCUCCCAAGCACUGAUUUGUAUGUACAGUACAUAUAUCGGGCAUUCAUGAACUGGGAACGAUCUGACUGGUGAAAAAAGUAAAAUAAGUUAGAUCUUAGAUAAAAGUUGGUUGAAUAUUACUGUUCAAAAAUUAACUUCAAAAUUGAAAAUACAGAAUUAUUUUGUAUAUAAUAUAUUGGUUAUUGAGAAAAUAGUAAAACAUUGAACAAAAUUUUGUUGUCAUUUUAUUGUCUAUGGCAUAUAAAGCAAUAUUUGUAUUUAAUACUACUUGUGAUUAUAAUGCAGCAAAUCAAAAUUUCUAAUUUUGUUACUUUCCUAAUGGGCAAAGGCAAUGGGCUGACAAUAGAAAGCCUACUAUGGGAGAUUAGCAAUUACUGAUCUGUCUGAGAAGUAAAGAGAAGGCAUAUAAUGCUGUUGCUGAAUGUUUUCUGCUCUACAGUUGUUAAUCAAAGCCAACAUUCUAAAAGGACUAUCACCAUUCCAAAAACAAUUCCAUCAAUGCCUUGGGUAAUGUUAGUGAAGGAAAAUGCCCAGUUUAUUUCUCAUUUUUUGUCACAUUUGGCAGUUAAUGUUGUCAAAAAUUGUAAAAAUGAUUUUAUUGUAAAAAAAUAAAUCGCAAAUAAUAUUCAA